AUGCCGGUCACCAACUUCGAGUUCAAGGAGAAGUACCUAUACCAGAACGGGUUCAAUUCUUACCACGAGACCGAAGCCGUGCCCGGUGCUUUGCCUAUUGGCCAUAACUCACCACAGAAACCUGCACAUGGCCUAUACGCCGAGAAGCUUUCCGGCACAGCGUUCACAGCGCCAAGACAUGAGAACCAGCAGUCAUGGCUAUACCGUAUCAUACCCUCAUGUGCACACCCCAACUUCGAGGAGACAACUACCGGACCAUUCACGGCGGAUAAGGCGUACAGCCCGAAGAACCUGAAAUAUGUGCCAAAUCAGCUCCGAUGGGACCCCUUCAACCACGAUGACCAGACGGACUUCGUAAAUGGCCUGAAGUUCAUUGGAGGGGCAGGGGAGCCCUCGGUGAAGCACGGUGUUGGGUACUACAUCUUCGCUGCAGGAAAGUCAAUGGACGAGAAGACUGCAUUCUACUCUGCAGACGGUGAUCUUCUGAUCGUCGCGCAGGACGGCGUCCUUGACAUUAGGACAGAGCUGGGCUGGCUAAUAGUGCGACCUAUGGAGAUCGCCGUCAUUCCCCGCGGCAUCAAGUACCAAGUGCAUUUGCCCUCAGGCCACGUGCGCGGUUAUGCAUUGGAACUAUACUCUGGUCACUUCACACUCCCUGAACUUGGACCGAUUGGCUCGAACUGCCUGGCCAAUGUUCGCGAUUUUCAGGCUCCGGUGGCUUCCUUCAGCGAGGAUUUUGGCGCAACCGCCGCUGAGGGCACCAACGCCUACACAAUUAUUUCCAAGUUCCAAAACUCCCUAUUCACGACACAGCAGACGCACACUCCUUUCGAUAUAGUGGCAUGGCACGGAACCUACUACCCGUACAAAUAUGACCUUGGACGGUUUAACACCAUAGGCUCGACCUCCUUCGACCACCCAGAUCCAUCUAUCUUCACCGUUCUUACGGCCCAGUCUGACCAUGUCGGAACGGCAAUCGCAGACUUCGUCAUUUUCCCACCGAGAUGGCUUGUGCAAGAGGACACUUUCCGCCCGCCGUGGUACCACCGCAACACCAUGUCUGAAUUUAUGGGGCUGAUCACCGGAGACUACGAUGCCAAGAAGGGUGGUAAGGGAGGCUUCCAAGCCGGUGGAGCUAGUCUGCACAAUGUGAUGAGUGGUCAUGGGCCGGAUGCCACCAGCUUCGAAGGCGCGAGCAAUGCUGACUUGAAACCGCAGUAUGUGGGUAAGGAUAGCUGUGCCUUCAUGUUCGAGAGUUGUCUCAUGAUUGGUGUAUCGGAAUGGGGACUAGAAACUUGCAACAAGGUGCAAAAUGCAUACAACGAUCACAGCUGGGGUGGCUUGAAGGUGCACUGGAAG